UUUGCUUCCUUUCUGAACCUUUUUAUCUUCUUGUGGUCUGCCUUUGCUUCAACUAUUCUUCUUUACCCUGCUUUUCUUGCUUUUGGUGUUUCUUGGCUGCUUCAUCCUCAAUUCGUGGUUUUUGCUGAUUUUCUUGGAGAUUGUGUGAACUUUUGAGGCAUAAUCUUUGGGGGUUUUUGGUUUGCAGAAAAAAAAUUGAGGGUUUGACAAAGAAAUCAAGAAGGGUUUAUUUUUUCUGAUUUUGCAAUCAUCAACAUAUCUUCUUGUGUACCAUUUCUUGAUUAUAAUGGAAAAGAGAAGAUGCCCCCAAGAAAUUGAAUUUUUCGUUGGAGUUUGAUUGGUAAAAGGGUUUUCGUCUUUCCCCAAAAGGCGUUUCUGAAAGAUUGAGCAUUUUACGUUUUGGGUACAGUUCUCCGAACUGGGUUUCUUUCAACUUGCGUAAAGAGUCCCUGUGCUGAUCACUGUUGAUAGGAUAGCUUUAUUAUACGGAUGGGGACUGACGUUGCUGAAGCUGUGGAGAAACUGCCAUCGCCUCAUGACAUCAAGGUGCAUAGCAUUAUGUGCACAGGAUUAAUGAAGAUGGUCGAUAGAAUUGAUAAGAUAUUCCCAGAAAUAGAAGCGUACAGACCUCGAUGCUCAUCUGGGAUCCAGUCACUUUGUCUGUUAAACAGUGCCAUUGAUAAAGCCAAGUCAUCGGUUCGAGACUGCAGUGAGUCGAGUAAGCUCUACUUGGCAUUGACAGGCCAUGCAGUUCUAUCAAGAUGUAAAAAGUCCAAGAAACUAUUGGAACAGAGUUUGAGUCAGAUCCAAAAUAUGGUUCCUGUGAUGCUUGCAUCAAAGAUCUCACAGAUAAUUGCGGAGCUUAGGGAGAUGAAACUUAGUUUAGAUCCGUCUGAAGAAGAGGCCGGGAAGGCCGUUAGAGCUUUACUUGAGGGAUACGACACUGGAAACCAUUCAGGGAAGGAGUCUCGCCACGAGUGUAUUCGGAUUGCAGCUCUAAAGCUUCAUAUUACUUCCCAGAAAGCUCUUUUGAUGGAACGAAGAUCCAUAAAGAAACUUCUGAACGGACUUGGUGAAGGGGAUGGCAAACAACCAAAGAAGCAGAUUCUGAUGUUCCUUUUGGCUUUGCUGACAAAGUAUGGCAAGUCGAUUGCUUCUGGAGACUUAGAGAACAAUAACGUUGUGGAAAAUCAAGAUUAUAAGUCCCGGAAGGUUGACGUAUGUGUUGACUAUGAAGAAGCUCGAAUGGGAGGGAAUGGUGUACCGCCUGAAGAGUUCAAGUGUCCGAUUUCUCUCAAGUUAAUGUAUGAUCCGGUUGUUAUAGAUUCAGGCCAAACGUUUGAAAGAAUGUGGAUACAGAAAUGGUUCGAUGAAGGUCACGAUGUAUGUCCAAAGACUAAUCGGAAACUUUCGAACUUUUCUUUGACACCUAAUACUGCAAUGAAAGAUCUGAUCACAAGAUGGUGUGAAACUCACAGAGUCACCUUAUCGGAUCCAUGUAUUCAGUUAUCAACCGAUGCUAACGCGUGGGAAAAUUCAUGUUCUUCGGUUAAUAGUUUGAGUUCGAUGUACAGUUUUCAACUUCCGGUUGAUUUCAGUAACUUAUCACUCAGUUCGUUAGACAGUAGUCACACUGCUGAAGAUACUCGUGAACUAGAUGUGGAAUCAUUAUCUCAAGAACUCGAUGAUGCACUUCCAUGGGAGUUCCAAUGCAAGAUCGUUGAAGAUCUCAUGACCUGUUUGAAACGGGAUGAUCGAGCUUGUAAAUUGAUAUCAUUAGGGAAUUUGGUUGAAUCGCUUGUGAAAUUCUUAAAGGUUGCUCGUGCUAUAAACGAUGUGAAAGCUCAGAGGAUCGGAUGUUUGCUGUUGCUACUAUUGGUUGGUGAAUCCAGAAAUGUAAAAUACUUGAGUGAAGAUGCAUACGUCUUGAUAGCAGAGUUUCUUGAAUCAGAAGUGAUAGAAGAAGCUCUUGCUAUAACAGAAGUGUUGUCUUCCCACCAAAACUGUCAAUCGGAAAUUGCAUCCUCCGGUGCCCUUCCGUAUAUCUUCAAGAUUCUCGAUACCCAAAUCAGAGAAAUUCAAACACCGGCCCUCAAGAUUCUCUAUAACUUGACGUUGACCAGAAAUGUUCGAUCUCUCAUUGUUUCUUCAGAUCUAAUCCCGAAACUGGUCACCCUUUGUGAAGAUGAUUCACUCUCGAGGUACUGCAUAGCAAUCUUGACAAAUUUGUGUAGCAAUCAAGAUGACAAAAGCAUAAUCGCUGAGACCAAUGGGUGUGUACCGUUCAUUGCUAAGGUUCUUGAGAGUGAGAGUUGUGAGGAGCAAGACCAGGCGCUCGAGAUUCUGCUUUCGUUAUGCUCUCAAAGCAUUCAAUAUUGUCGUUUGGUGAUGGACGAAGGGGUGAUUCCUGCUGUGGUUUCGAUUUCAAUUAAUGGAAACGAUAAAGGGAGAGCAAAAGCACACGAAAUGCUUCGGCUUUUGAGAGAUAUAGAGCAUGAAGAUUAUGUGGAAGAGUCUGUUGCUUCUGAUUACGACAUUUCAGAUGAACCUAACAACUUUCAUGUAGAGAAGAAGACAGCUUCUAAAACCUCACGGUUCCUAUCGAAGUUCUCGUUGAUCUCCAGAAGUUCUUUGGCACCAAAAAGGAAAGUAUAGGGUUUGGCAGUUCUUAUUUUUCUUGACUAAGUGUGCAGUUUUACAUGGAUUGAUCUCCGUUUUGGUCGAGGUUUGUGCAUAUCAUUCGAAGUAGAACAGUUGUAUGCGAGUGUUAUUUGCACUGUAAACACGCAUGAAGUUUGUCCACCUCAGCGAUUCAUCAGAUUCGUACUCUGUUUCAAGAAUCUAACUUGAGUUCAGAAAUAACGGUCACGAUUCUUCCUUCGAUCUGUUAGAAAAAUCUGUAAAUGUUAAACGGUAGUCUAGCUAACUUGACCAAGUAGGUUAUAUAUAUAUAUAUAAAGAAGAGGUUGUGUUAGUUCUCUAUGUAUACAGCUUUGUUGGUUGUUCGUUUGUAUGAUUUCUGGAGAUAAACAAUCCGUAUCUGAUUUUGGAUCUUA